UCUGACAGGAAACAAAGUGCACGGUAUGGGUUUUCUCAGUUUCUAGAAGCCUCUUCCUUCCAUGACACACUUAGAAAUCCUCCGACGGGGAUUCAGGCCUUGAAGAUCGUGUGGUUCCUGCUGUCCUUGCCUCAAAGCUCCAGGCCCUCUUGAGCGUCACUGCUUUCACUGCCCAGAGGAUGGAGGGACAGGACGGGGCCAAGUGUGAAGGUCUUGAGACACCGGGAGGCCAGGGGACAGACCUGAGACACAGCAGGAGCUGCCCUCAGGGGAGUCCGUCCUUGUCGGAGAAGGGCUGCUGUGUAUCCCACCUGCGGCUCCUAUUGUUGGGGAAACAGGGAGCAGGAAAAAGCGCGACAGGGAACACCAUCCUGGGCAGAGCCGCUUUUGCCUCCGGGUUCGGCUCUGAGCACAAGACUGUGAGGUGCCAGCGAGCGAGUGCGGCUGUUUUAGGGAGGCAGGUCGUGGUCAUCGACACCCCUGACAUCUUCUCGUUGGCCCCUGCUGAAGCCAGGCCAGCCCACAUGGACCUGUGCUUGGCGCUCGCGGCUCCCAGCGUCCACGCGCUGCUCGUGGUGGUGCCCAUCGGAAAUUACACCGCGGAGGACGAGCGGACCUUCCGGGGCAUCCGGCAGGAGCUGGGGGCCGAGGCCAGCAGGCACGUCCUCACCGUCUUCACCAGGAAGGAGGAGCUGGGCGGCGACUCACUGCAGGAUUACCUCGAAAGCCAGGAGUUCCUUAAAGCCGCGGUUGGAAGUGAUGAACGCCGCUACUGCGCUGUGGACAACAAAGCCGACAAGGGCGAGUGGGCAGCGCAGGUGUCGCAGCUCCUCAGCAAGGUCGAGCACUUGGUGGAGAGUGAAGGACCGUGGCGUGUGCGCCCCAGGGCUCAAGGCCUCGGAUUUCAGGAUUGUGUGAAGGGAGCUGACCGUCAGGAGGCGGAUGCUCGAUGUGAAACCCUGAACAUUGUCCUCGUGGGAAGGAGUGGGACAGGCAAGAGUGCAACUGGAAACACUCUCUUAGGGAGGCAGGUCUUCCCCUCUAAACUCCACUCCCAGCCGGUCACCGAGACAUGCUUGCGUGGCAGGACGACCUUGCACGGGCAAGACAUUGUGGUGGUGGAUACCCCGUCCUUCUUGUCUGGUGUGAAGAAAGAGCGCUCCUGGGUAGAGGGAGAAGUCCAGCGCUGCUUAUUUCUAUGUGAGAAGGGAGCCAAGAUCUUCGUUGUGGUGCUCCAGCUCGGACAUUUCACUCAAGAGGAUGAAAGAGCUGUGUCGAACCUGGAGAGCCUCUUUGGGGAGGAUGCUGUGAGACGCGUGAUUGUGCUGUUCACAAGGGAGGAAGAUCUCAAGGGUGAGAAGAUUGAAGAUUACGUUGAGAACACAGAUAACAAAGCCCUUAGGCGUCUCAUUAAAAAACACAACUGGCCAGUUUGUGCUUUUAAUAACAGAGGGACUGACCAAGUCCGGAAGGCCCAGGUGAAAGAUCUUCUGAAGAAAGCCAAUGACCUGAGCAAGAGUCAGGAGGGGUCGCGGUAUCCCUUUGCGUGGUACACUGUCAGACAUCUAAUUAAAAAUGUUCAGAAAAAGUACGGCUAUGAAACAUUCAUAAGGCCUUUUAAAACCGAGUUUAAGCCGGCUCCCGAUUCCCGCUCUACCACCCUGGACCCUAGGCCUGGAGUGCUAGGUGAGUGCUCCCCCCGGCCCCAGCGCGCGUUCCCAGCCCCUCCGGGCCUCUGCACAGCACCGAGAUCUCCUUGCGUGAACAUGGCUGGGCAGCAGGACAGUGCUCUCAGGAUCGUCUUGGUUGGGAAAACUGGAAGCGGGAAGAGCGCCACCGCAAACACCAUCCUUGGGAAGCAAGCGUUUUGCUCUAAAGUUUCUGCCCAAGCUGUCACCAAGAGCUGUCAAACACAAACCCGAAAGUGGAACGGGAAAGAUCUCCUUGUUGUUGACACCCCGGGACUCUUCGACACCAAGGAGAAACUGGCAACCACGUGUAGAGAGAUCAGCCGCUGCGUGGUCGCCUCCUGCCCCGGCCCGCACGCGAUCAUCCUGGUCAUACAGCUGGGCCGCUACACGGAGGAGGAGCAGAACACCGUGACCUUGAUCAAGGCUGUCUUUGGCACGGAAGCCAUGAAGCACAUGAUGGUCUUGUUCACGCGCAAAGACGAGCUCGACGGCGGCAGCCUGAGCGAAUUCCUGGAAGAUGCGGAGGUAAACCUGAAAAGCAUCAUCGAGGAGUGCGGGGACCGCAAAUUCGCCGUUAACAACAAAGCGGAUGCGGCCGAGAAGGAAGCCCAAGUGCAGCAGCUCAUGGAGCUAAUAGAGGAAAUGGUGCGGGAGAACGGAGGGGCUCACUUUUCCCAGAACAUCUACAAGGACGUGGAGAACAUGAAGCACAAGGUGAAACUUCAGAUAGAAAGUUACACUGAAGAGUUAGAGAAUGAAAUCAAAACAAUACAAGACCGAAAUAAGUCAGAGCAAGAGAAAAAGAAAGAUAUAGAAGUGGCGACAAUGAACUAUGAUACAAAAAUCAAAAAUGCAAAAGAAAAAGCUGAAGAACAUGUGUUUGAAUAUGUCUUCAACAAGAUUCACAGUAUUCUUUCAAACAUAUGGCGGACGUUUUGGAAGUAAUAUACACGACAUUCUUUUUCAAUUUACGUGUUGUUAACACAAUAUGCCGUAUUUUCUGAAGCAAUAGCUACAGCAAUUUCUUUCUACCCCCUCCAUAUAUUAGGGUCUAA